AUGAAACGGCCUGAGGAAGAGCCACUCCUGCCCCGACACCUUCCACCGGCCUGUGGCCAGGCCAUGCCCAGUGACUGGGAGGACGGCGGCCAGAAGGCUGGGCAGGAGAGGGGUACAGACCCCCGGGCCCCAGAGCGGAAGCCCCUGAAGAAUGGGGUGCUGAGCGCAGUUGAGUCCAUCAAGGACCAGGACCCCCUGUGCUGCCGCGGGGACCGAGACUCCUCUGCCCCCGUGGGGACAUGGACCAAAUUCCACACAUCAGACCCCAGCAUCGCCCCCGGGAAGUACUCCCCGCUGGAGAAAGAGAUCCUGCGUCUAGGCGGCGUGCACACCGUGGCCUCGAGACGGUUGCUGACGCAGAAGCAGGAGGAGGAGCGGAAGAUGCUUCGGGAGCUGCAGCUGCGGUCGUCCGACUACAAGCAGGUGCUGGAGUACAGGAAGCAGUUCCCCCCGACCUUCGCCCCCUGCGGGCUCCUGAAGAAGAUCUGGACGGCCAAGGUGACGGUGUCCCCGGAGGAGCUCCGGGUGCCGCCGCGCGAGAGGCAGGACAUCUGCCGGCACGUGGAGCGCAUGCAAUGCACUGCCUUUGUGGAAAUCGCCCCGGGCCUUGUUUCCUCCCAGGUCCUGGGGCCACCUGUCCCUCUGUUCCUCCCUGGAGGCAUGUAG